UCUAACUUAAGUUCCAAACACCCAUUAGUCGAAUAAGAGAUAGAACACCCAUUAGUCGAAUGCUCCAACAUCACAACCCCGAAGUCUCUCUUCCCACUCUCUCUCUGUUUGGUUUUGCUGGGCUCCGCCGCCUCGUCCUUUUGCUUCCACCUAUGUGAGUUAGGUGGUUGCUUUAAUGACGACUUUAUGAGUUAUUCAUUCAUAAUUAGCUGUUUUCCUGUGUUGAACCACAGGUUGUUGUUGAGGCUCCAAUUCUAUUCUUAUCUUUCAAAAUUUCAGCCUUCUGUUCUUAAAGGGAGAAAAAGGGAGCGUUUGUUUGUAUUCUUGUCCUACAAAUCUGGAAAUUCUUUCUUUUGCUAAUUCCUAAAAGUUGGAAACUUUGCUUGGAAUUGGCGGUUCUUCAAAGCCUGGCUGUAGAGAGUUGGAUACAUACUCUUAUUCCACUGAUUCUUUUCAAGUUUGAUUUCUCCCUGCACCAGUUGGCUAUAAGUUGUUGUCAGGAUCACUGAAUCACGACCCCUUACCUAUCUCUAUGGGAAGUGAUACCACUGAAGCUGCGGAUGCACCCCCAUCUCCUCAAUCCAUUAAGGUGCAUCUUCAAAUGUGCACUGAGCUUAUAAAGUUUGUAAGUAGAGCCUCAAAAAUACUUCCAGAAAUAGAAGCAUCCCGACCGCGAUGCAGUUCUGGAUUAGAGUCGCUUUGCAUAUUCAACAAUGCUAUUGUCAAGGCCAAGUCGAUACUUCAGUAUUGCAGUGAAUCCAGUAAGCUCUAUCUGGCUCUAACAGGAGAUGCCAUCCUCUCAAGAUGCAAAAAGUCAACAAAGUUGUUGGAGCAAAGCUUAAGCGAGAUGCAAUAUAUGGUUCCCGUUAUGCUGGCUGCAGAGAUCUCUCAAUUAGUUGCUGAUCUAAGAGAAGCAAGAUUUAGCUUGGAGCCUUCUGAAGAGGAGGCCGGGAAUGUUCUCAAAGAUUUACUUCAUGAAUACAUGUAUGAAUCUGGCCCCACCACAGACAACACACUAAAAUCGAUCCGAGUUGCAAUGUUAAUGCUUAACAUAACCACCCCGAAAGCUCUUCUCAUUGAAAAAAGAUCCAUCAGAUCACUUCUGGACCAAGCCAAUGAUUCCGAACAGUCAAAGAAGAAGAUUCUCUUCUUCUUUCUAAACCUUCUCAACAAAUACGCAAAAAGAAUCCUUAAAGAUAAAUCAGAUUAUGACUCUGUACCAAAACAUGAAGAUCCUUUACCCACAUCAAAUGAGGAACCUCCUGAUGAAUUGAGAUGUCCUAUAUUGUCAAGAUUAAUGUACGAUCCUGUCGUGAUUGCUUCUGGAGAGACAUAUGAGAGGAUGUGGAUACAAAGAUGGUUUGAUGAAGGUCAUGCCACCUGUCCAAAGACCGGAAAGACAUUGUCCCACUUUUCGUUGACCCCCAAUAACUCUAUGAAGGAUUUGAUAUCAAAAUGGUGUGCCAAAAGUGGGGUCGCCCCUUCUAAGCCUAAUAUGCGGGCCGUGCGACCACACACGUGGGAAAUCUCAUCCGUUUCAAUAGAUAGCUUUGGAAGUUCAAUGAAUGAUCUUAGGCUUCCAAGCGAUUUUACCAAUUCGUCCCUUGGCUCUUCGGAUUCCUUGAGUCCUAAGAGCCCACCCAAGUAUGCCAAUGUGAUUUCCCCAGUCUGUCCCUUGGAGUCAUUGUACGGUUUGGAAUUGCUUUCCUGGGAAUCUCAAAGCGUCGUGGUUGAAAAUGUUGGGGAAGUUUUGAAACAUGAGGAUGCUGAUCAAGGUUUGAAGAAGAGGACAUGUUAUGAGAAGUUUGUUGGACCGCUGAUGGGGUUCUUGAACAGUGCACAUGAGUCACAGGAUGGGAAGGCCCAGAUUUUGGGUUGUCGGUUGCUGUCAACGUUCCUAAAGAAAUUCAGUAGUAGUGCCACCCGGUGCUUGGAUGACAAUGCAUAUGAACUGUUGGCUUCAUUUCUUACAACAGAUGCCUCCAGGGAAGCUCUCUCCAUCUUAGAAACACUAUCCUCUUAUAACCACUGCCAGUACAAGAUUGCGGCUUCCUGUGCACUUGGCCUCAUUGACAUGUUAAACUCCGAAAACAGAGAUUUAUUGGAGACCUCAUUUAAAAUCAUUUACAACUUAUCCGGAAACGACAACAUCCGCCCAUUAUUUGAAACCUCAAAGUUAAUCCAGGGACUGGUACCACUCUUCCAAGACACAUACUUGGCGAGACAAUCUCUUAGCAUCUUGAAAAACUUAUGCAGCAGUGAAGACGCGAGACUUUAUGUUGCCAAAACUGACGGGUGUUUCGCUUCUGUUGUGAAGGUGUUAGAGAGUGAUGAUGCAGAGGACCAAGAACACGCUUUGGCGGUCCUUCUUUCUUUGUGCUCUCAGAGAUCUCAAUAUCGUGAAUUGGUUAUGUCUGAAGGUGGUAUUCCUGAUCUUUUCUCUAUAUCCAUCAAUGGGAGUACCAAAGGGAAGAUGAUGGCUUCGGAAUUACUAAGGAUCUUGAGAGAUGAAUUCCAAGAGGCUGCUGGAGAGACUACCCCACCCGAUAUUGAUGUCGUUAUAUAUGGUGGCAAUGAUUCUACGGAGAGAGGGAGAAAAUUGCCAGCCAAGGGGAGGGGUAUUCUAGGAAAAUUGUUCUACAAAAUCAGCCCUGCUAUGAAAAGGAAAAAAUAAAAAAGUGGGAUCCUUUGUUAUUAACACCUACUAACCUGUGUCACUUCGUGAAGAAAAUAGGUCAUUGUGAUAUCAAGAACCCAUUUUCUUCACGAAGUGACUGAAAAUAAGUUGGACAUGUGAUUAACGAUUGGGCGCUACAAAUCCCAUGGAAUGAAAAUAUGUCAUAUUGCAUGGAGAACAGGUCAUUGUUUCACAAAUAUCUGUGAGGUGUAUUCUUCUCUAAAGUGCCGGGAUCCAGUUCUUGACUAGCAUUUGUCGGGACUAACAUGUAAGGAUGCAAGGCCGCGUUCGGUGGCUCAAGCAAUCCUCAUGCAAUCCUCGCUAAUGUAUUGUCUGUGGUAGAGAGUCGGAUAUGAUGGUAGUACUAAUUUAAAGAGUAGCCCAUGUUGGUAUCUUAAUAUAUCAAAUAUCAAUAUACAGUUUUGCCUAAGAAGAUGGUCUGGUUUGGUUCAUAGAUAAUAUUCUGUUGUAACAUUAGGAUUAGAUGAGAAUAUUGAAUACAUUGUAAUCUUUGUGUAUAUGUAAAAUCUUUGUAGAGUUUGUUGAUUGUGUACUUCUGUUUCUUUUCCCUACAUAUGUUAAUUCGUAGGGACUUGAUGUAAUCAACUAUCAUAAACACAUAGGAUUGUAUAAAUU